UGCUUCCGGUGGCCGCGGACGAAGGAGCAUCGCUGUUUUAUUUUCACUUUUUUUUUAAAAUUCCGCUUUGUUUUGUGCACUUUGGCUGUCGUCAUGGAGAUGAAGAAAAAAAUAAGCGUGGAGCUGAAGAACAGAAACCCCGCUGAGGUUGUACAGUUGACACUGGACGGCUGUCUCUCUUGUGAUGGGGAGUUGGACGGGCUGACGGAGGAGUACCAACAGCUGGAGAGUCUCAGCAUGAUCAACGUGGGUCUCACCUCCCUGGCCAAGCUCCCAUCCCUACCCAAACUACACAAGUUGGAUAUCAGUGAUAACAGUGUCUCAGGUGGUCUGGAUAUCCUGGCCGUGAAGUGUCCGAACCUGACCUCCCUCAACCUCAGCGCUAACAAAAUCAAGGACAUCAACACGAUGGCACCACUGCAAAACCUGAAGAAGCUGAGGAACCUGGUGUUGUUGACCUGUGAGGUGACCUUGCUAGAUGACUACAGGGACGGCGUUUUUGAGCUGCUGCCUCAGCUCACCUUCCUGGACUCAUACGAGCAGGAUGGCGAAGUCCCCGAUUCGGACGACCUCGAUGAUGAUGAUGAUGAUGAUGAUGAUGAGGCAGCUGGUCCUCCUGGAGAUGGAGAUGAGGAUAACGAAGAGGAGGAUGAUGAGGAAGAUGAGGAAGAGGUUGGUCUGUCCUAUCUGAUGAAGGAAGGCAUUCAGGAUGAAGAAGAUGACGACGACUACGUGGAGGAGGAGGAGGAAGAGGAGGAGGAGGAGGAAGAUGGUGAUGAGGAUGGAGCAGCCCUACAGGGUGAGAAGAGGAAGAGGGAUCAAGAAGAUGAAGGAGACGACGACGAAGAUGAUUAGUUUGACCUCUGACCCCUACAGGUGGUCUUGUUUUGUAUUAUACUUAUUACAAGGGUUUUCUACAUAUUUUAUCCAAAAUGUUAUUUUUUUUCUCUGUUUUUUUUUUCUUGGUGAAAUCGUUCCAUACACGACAUGUGGAAGUGUUUUGGGUAUUUUUAGGUGUUUUUUUUAAACCAUGUGAGGUUAAAAACGUUGGCUCCAGAUGAGUCGGGUGCUUAUUUACUGGUUUGUGUGCUGAUCAUGGUGGCUGGAAGGAUCCAAAGAUUACCAGCCUUCAUCUCUUCAUAACCAUCUCCAUAGCUCUUUACCACUGUCACGUGACUCUUCUCAGCCUUUCAGAUGGUCAGAAUGUACAGAACUUCAAAUCGUCUGCAAAACCCUGUUUAUUUGUCCAUAACCAAGGGGGAGGGGGGGUGAAAUUUACCUGAAUCUUUCCACUUGAACUGCAAUAAUUCAUCAAUCUCCCAACAACCCCGAUGUCCCGAUGUGUAAGUCGGUACAGUGGAGGUGUCGUCUGCCAGGCGUAUCCACCACUGCCUUCUGGCUUCCUCCACCUAAUGGACCAUUCCCCCAAACCAAAGUUUGUUUGAGUAGAAAAGCUUACCAGACAUGGACAAACAUUUCCCAUCAGUAAUGGAAGAGCUAAGUCCAUAGCGUUAGUGGUUGUGUGAGGAAGGGCCUCCGGCAUAAAAUUUUUUGCUAAAUCAUUAUGUGAAUUGACAAGACCACAUCAAAUCCGCUGUGGCGACCCCUGGGAAACGGAAAAAGCUGAAAGAAGAAGAGUGGAAGAGCUGAGUGAGAUGAAAUCGGUUUGUUUUUUAUGGUUGUUGUUAGUUUUCUUUAAACUUUGCUCAGUGGACUUUACAUGUGUAGCCCUGUUAGAACAGCCGGCCGACUGCUGCGUCCUGAUAGGAUAAAAGACUUGAGAGUCUGGAAAAUGUUUUUCUGUGUCUGCAAAGUCGCUGUACUCCAGCAGUUACUUUCCCAGCUAACCAACAUUUUCUACUCUAAAUUUCUAGUUUGUAGACUCUGGUUCAUUUGAUUUUCUGUGCUGUAGCUGACUUUAAUGAACAGCUGAGAGUCUAAUGACCAGUUUCUGUCACAGCCCUUCUAGAGUAAGGGGGCUCUGAUCGGUCCUGGUCUGGGUUUUGUUGCUUCAUAGAUUUUUAAGAUGGUUUCUGUGACAUGUUAAUACGAGUUGAUCCAUAGUUCCCCUUUAGAAUCUACUCUGCUUCAUUCUCUGCUGUGUUGUCUUUUAAAAAUCAAGUGCAGCUGAGGAGGGAACGAACCCACCACUGAAAAUGGGUUUAUUUUUUUAGUUUUGUCCUCUUCCGAGUCCUGUGUGGAGUUUGUGCUGUAAUGUAAUGUGUUUUUCAAUAAAAGAAGAAUAAA